AUGAAUAAAUCAAAAAAAUAUAAAUUUGAACCAACAGAGAUACAGGAAAAAGUUAUGAAAAAAGUAUUAGGAGAAGAAAAAUAUAAUAAUGAAAUAGACAAAAAGAAGCUUAUAAUGGAAUUUCUAGAAAAAGCAAAACCGAUACAACUUACAAUAUUUAAUUGGGCACAAGAAAAUGUUGAAAUUGAAAAAAGAAGACCACUAACAAAACCAUCAGAAAAGGAAAUCAGAGAAUUUAUGGAAACCCAACACCACCCAAAAACUCUGAAACCAAACCCAAAAGAAUACUUUAAAGCAAGAAAUAAUUAUUACCAAAAAGAACUACUAAACAACGAAAUAAUAGAACAAAGAAAUCAAGAAGAAAUAGAAAAAUUAUUAAAGGAGUUGAAUGAUAAAAAAGAACUCUUUAAAGAAAACAAGGAAAGAAUACAAAGAAAUGAAAAGUUCAAAAAGGAAACCUGA